AUGCGCCACGGGGACGGCAAGCCGCCGGUGGCUCCACGCAGCACCAGCUGUGAGAAGCCCAAGUCCAUCUUGAAGAACACUAACAGUGGCUCGGCGUCCACCAAGACCCCCUCUCCGUCCAGGCGGCGUGUCUCCUUCGAGGAGGACGAUAGUUUUACGGAGCCGCGGCUGUGCUUUGGUACGCCGACUCACGCACCGCGGCCGCACCAUGAGGCGGCGGCGGGGGGGAAUGAGCCCGUUGUGGCGCAGUGGGAGACCACAUCCAGAAGGCGGGCUGGCGUGCAAAUUGAAAGAGCAGCGGAUCUAGGACCGUCUGAGCCGACGAUCAGGUGUGACAGACCGGCAGCUUCAUCGCCUAAUUCACCUCACAACUCCCCUGUCAUCACCCCUUACCCGCACUCACCACCCGCCAGCAACAAUUAUGGCGACGAGGGGACAGCGGGGGGAACUCUUGCAUCGAACGACAGGCCGCUAACAGCAGUGCUGUCUUGUGAACCCGCUGCGGGAGCGGCGGUGCCUCGCAGUACCGAGGAGUUGUCUCCGCUGCCGGACGUCAGCGUCAGCGACAUCACACCCUCCCCCCCCAGCCUUGUGUCGCGACAGGGCCGAUCAGAUAGCAGUCGGUCCCCUAUGAACAACUGCGCAGUCGCCGCUGCCGCCGAGCAAUGCAAACCGCCGGACGUGAGGGAGACACUUUUCCCCGACCGGGAUGCGUGCACCGUCCGCGCCGCGCCGAACAUUGGCAAGCAACUUCCGUCUGGCACCACCAAUUCUCCGUCGCACGCCUCAGGCGAGCUGGGAGCAGUCUUCUUUGGACAGGCUUUGCCGGAGCGAGGCGGAAGAGACGUGCUUGUUCAACCCUCUUCCCGGCACCCCACUUGGUAUGGCGGAAGUGCAGAGGCUGUUGUUCGACCUUCCCGCACCCGGGAUCCGACUGAGGCAAAUACGGGCUGUCAUUCCUCUUCGUUGCCGUUUGAGGGCGGUGUCAACCCCGCCGAUUUGGUGUUUGAUGACUCCCCAAAGAGCAGUGUGCUGGAAGCAGAGGAGAUCAAGAAUGAAUUUCCUGUGGUUUCGGGCUCGUCGCGCAGCCGCCGUGUGCUUGAUUUUCCUGUGCAACUGUACCCUAGCCUCGUUGGGCUGGACGGGCCGCCUCACAGCACUGCCCCACUGGAGCCAUCGCCCUCGAACGCUACGGACGAUGAUAGAGAGAGCACGCUGCAGAGACGCAGCGGACGAAAAGGGCGUCGUGCUGCUGGGGACAGUGACCGAACACCCAUGCCGCUGCAGCCCGUUUUGCGAGUGAAGAAUGCUGGUAAGCCAGGAGAACAUCUUUCUGCACGGCAACCCCCAGCUCAGGCUCUUGAUAUUGCGUGCGCCAACGCCCGCGACGCGGUGGAAGAGCUGACGAAUGGUGUUGUGAGGGGCACGGGGGAGGCUCUGGCACUGAAAGAAAACCAAAAUCCUUUGCUGUGUCGCGACCACGGCUCGACAGCAGAUGGUGCCUCACCGUCUUCUUUAUUGAGCUAUGCGCACGCGUAUUCUAACCUCCCUCCCACGCAGGCGAGGCCCGUGGUGGUUAAGUACAUCAACAAGUUGUCUGCGUCCUGGCAGGAGACGCUCCGCGGUGAUGUGCAUGAUGGCCGUCGCCGCCACAACCGCGGCCACUUUGACGAUGAUACCUGCCCACUGCGUCCUCGACAGGAGGUCACGAGACAGCUAUUCCCGGGGGUGUUUUUUGGUCAUGCGUCGCUGAUGACUGAGGCGUGUCACGCCAACUGCCUGGAGGCCGACACCGCAGGCGUGUGUCCGUUGCUUUCUAUCAAGAGUACGGAGGUCGUCCUCCCGAAGCCGAUGAAGGCGAAGAAGCAGCGCGGGGGCGCCAAGCCGGCCACCACCACUGUUACAACCACUGCUUCUGCUGUUGCUGUCAACAACAACAGCUCCUGCAGUAUUGUCGAAACUCGGCGUGUGGAGCUAACAAAGAGUUCUCCAGAGACGCACAUUCGUGAAGGAGCAUGUGCCGUGUCAGAGGAGUUUGAGGAUGUCGACUCAUAUUGUGUGCCUUUGGCGCCAGCGGCCAAUGUGAAUCCGUCAGUUGUGGAGAACGUCAAGUCGGAGGAGGAGGGGGAGGAGGAGAAAGAACGUCGCGCCAAGCGAUUUGAGAAACUUCGCCGCGCGCUCCUGCUGGUCUCGGGCGAAGGCAUGGCCUCCCCGUCUGGCGGCUCCUGCGUUACAGGCUGUGGCGCCGACUGCCCCCCACCAGAUCGCGACUAUGGUUGCCCCACUGCGGUAACUGCCUUGACAGAGGCACGACGUCACGUGUCUGUGCGGCAAAGGAGAAAUUUGGUGCCUUUGCUGUCAUCCGCGACAACGGAAGGGCUCAUACAUACGCCCGAGCGGGUCCCAUCGCCGGAUAGAGGUGAGGAGCCCCCGGCUACACGGUCAAAGGCCCUGUUCGCGCCAGCUCGCUCUGUGUCACCGCCAAGGUCUUUUUCCUGCAGCCAGAACGCAAACGUCAGACAGGAUGCACUGGGAGGUGGUGUCGCUGUGCUGCCGGAACGCCGUGUGAGUAACCGCACGGCGGCGAGAGCGUUCGCCCGCGAUAUCUCUGCUGUUGUCCAUGCGCUGAGGGAGAGCACCUGGGUGAAGAUUUUGUGA